CAAUUAUUUCUGGUAAGUUGAAUACGCUGUCGCUUCCACAUGGCCUCCAUAGCUCCGGUUUCUACUAAGUCCAAGAAGUCGUCGCUGCAAUACGUAGAGAAGUUCCAAUAAUGCAAUUCUCGAAGAAAAGAAAGAAAAGAUGAAUUUUCAUUCGGAGCCUGAAAGGAUGAGUGGCAAUAUGGGACGAGGUCCUCCAGAUGUCCGCCAGCUAUUGAAUGACAUCAUGGAUGAGUACCCCUCGGACGAUGAACAAGAACGAGAAGCAGACCAAAACCUGGACCACGCAGACCUAGACGUAAACCAGCUCUACGCCUAUAAUUUUCAGCACGAGCACGAGGACAACCUCACGAACAUCGUAUCAAAUGCAAAUAUGUCUGGGUCUGGAAGCAAGCCAGGUUUGUCAUGCAUAUUUUGUAUGUCCCACGAUUCCUGUAAUGCAUGACCUAGCACCACAGAUUUUUAGAGGCCUUCCUGAUGCCUAAUCCGCAUGAGAAAUAGCCUCUACUCCGCGUAGCACAAACUGGAGUCACUUUGCUGGUCCUGCAAUACAGAUUUUUCUCGAAUCCAGAGACAGCAUCACAAGUUGCGACCUUCCAGACCCAGACAUAUUUGCAGUGCAUACAUCGUCGACUCGAACCAUAAUUCAGAGCCGGUGCAGCUACAAGAAGCGGAAAGUAGCAUGAUAAUGUACCGUCAACAACAGCAGCAGGAGCGGCAGCACAACUUCGCCACUGCAGCUCCGGAUCUUCACCUCUACGAGGACACACUGUCGGAGCCACUCAGUGUCAAGAUUCAUGGUGGAUAUGAUCAACAUGAUCAUCUUCAAGAACCGCCUUUGAUCAUGUCGUGGUCUCACCACGACCAACAACAGCAGCGCGAAACUACAGAGCGAGUCAAAAUAGAACAAGCCAGCUCGAGCGCCGCACUCCUGCGACCACGGCCACAGGUACUAGGGCCAUCAUCUCUGGCUGCAGCAGCGUCGAGUAGCACAAGAAGAGCUUCUCCCUUGAGGCAAGAAGAUGAAACCGACUACCACUACGGAGUUUUGUUCUCUUCAAACCAAGCAGCACGCGUUGCUCGUGCUGACCAAGACGACUUUCUAGCGGAUGAGAGUGAAGAUGACCACGCCACUGACGACGGCGACGCGGAGCCUGACCUGCACCCCCACAGCCACAUCGCUGCGUUCCUCCACGAAGUGCGAGCGAUGAUCGAGGCCGAGCCGAGCAGACAAAUUCACCUGUCCCGCGUCGCGGAGAGCCAAGCAGGAAAGGAGUUAUCAAAUGUAAAAAUGUCUGGGUCAGGGUCUGGAAGAAUGCAACUUGUGAUGCUGCGUUUCGAUGACUAAAAAAUUUGUGUUGCAUGAGCAGCAAACAGAGUCUAAUUUUUGCUACGCGGAGAGAGCAUUUGUCAUGCGGAAUGGGCAUCAAGAAUCCCUCAAAAAACCUGUGAUGCUAGGGCAUGCAUUACAGGCAUCAUGGGUCAUGAGAAAACUGCAUGACAAAUCUUGCAUUCUUCCAGACCCAGAGGACAUUUUUGCAUUUGAUAGGAGCUGAAGCGGACCUAUUUCCAAAACAACCCGCCGAGAGGGGCCGUGGCGCAGGUGCUCAGGGAGUACCCGGACCUGUUUCGGGUGAAACUGAUUCCGCCGACGACACAGGUCGUGCAGGGGGUGGGCGGUGAUGAUGAUGAACUUGAUGGUGAACAAGCAGACCACGGCGAUAGCCGAAGCAGGAGCAAGACUCCAGCGACUAGAACCCAAGAUGAAGCAAACACCGUUGGAGCUCCUGCUGUUGCACCAGCGCCACUGUGGCCCGGCGCGCAGGAGUUCAGGAAGCUGCUAUAUACCUUCUUAGCGACUCCGAUAUCUCCGUCCGGAACGCCUUUGACCGAUUUUGGGCAAACGGCAGAGUGCAAGCAACUCAUCGCGAAGCACGGGAGCAGGCCAAGUAGCAUGCUGGCCGUGGUGCGCCAAUUCCCCGAGGACUUCGCCAUUUGUUACCCGGAUAAGAGCAGACCUUUCAUGGUGUUUGUGAAACGGAACACUGGACGAGAAAAAGCAGCCCCACCCCCUAAAAAUACAACUACGCCGGCUGCAACUACUCCGACAGCAGACCACAGCGACAGGCGGGAUGAAGAGAAACUCGAGCUGUAUUACAAGGUGAUUGAAAAUUAUCCCACGAAAAAACUCCUUCACUGUGAUGAUCUUGCAAGAUCUGCAUCACAUGUUUGUUACACAUGACACAGAAAAUUUGCCAUGCGCGCUUCCCAUCAAGUGAAACACGCUAGAAAAUCCAAUGUCUUGCAGGUUCUUUAGCAAGACGAAUCGUUCUGUGCUCCAUUCUCUGCAUCACAAGUUCACACAGAGACAGUUUUUUCGUGCGAUAAAAAUAUCAUCCUCGAGAAGGGUGGCGUCGCGCAGCAGUGCGACAACCACAUCCUCGGCACCGACGAGCGGGUCCGGCGGCUAAUAUCCUGUGCAAAAGUAUCGUCCUCGUACUAAUUGCAAUUUUGCAUGACAAACCUACCUUUUUACCUGUAUUAGCAUUACAAAUUCCAUUUUUCUUUCUGAUAAAAUUUGUAAUGCAAUUUAUACUACGUAGUAUGUACGAGACUUUUGCAUUUGAUAGCUAAAAGUCAAGUACAACCUCGGCACGCUUCUCUCGAUCCUCGAGGCCUGUCCCGACAAAAUGCGGUUCAAAGUGAAGCACAAUCCGGACGUGAAGAAUCCGGGGUGCCGGAACGCUAUGAGAGUGCACAACCCCCACUCCCUCGAAUUUGUUUUGCGUGAACAGCAACACAAGCGCUGACAAAGAUGCAGCUUUGCAUGGCAAAUUCCUAGAGAAUGGCAGUGCUGUUUUGGGUUCCGGAAUCUGCCAUGCAAACAGUGCUAACAGGCAAAGGGUGGACUUGGCACUUUGCAUGACAAACGAGGGGGCGGGAGUUGUGCACUUACAUAAACGCGUAUACCGUUUCAUUACGGCAAACUUCGUACGACAACGCGAAAAUCUUGGAAAAGUACUACUCCGCCGUGGAAGAUUUGAUUCUGGCGUCUUCGAAGCAAGAGGUGGACAACCAGGAGCUUGGUAACUGCCCGCGAAUCCAGCACUUGAGGGCCAAAUACCCCACGGGAAGCUUGCUGCAAGUGAUCGGCCAGUGCCCGGACAAGGGAAGAUUCAAGAUCAAAUCAAACAAAAAGACCGGCGGUGGCGGAGGGGCCGGAGCGUACUUCGUACGACUUGGGGCGGUUGUGGCUCCUGGAAGAAAGAAAAGACAGAAAACGACGACAGACACAGAACAACCAGAACCACCAACGGCCAACACAGCAUUACUGCAGGAGAAAACCGGACCCACUGCAGCUGCUUCCGAUAAAGCCAACAAACUAGCGAAGCCUGCAGGGGGCGGCAGUGGUGACGCAGCGGACACGGGCUUCUGGAAUACGAAAGCGGGGAGCAAAGCCUUUCGUAAGUGUUUGCGCGAGUCGUGCUGUUCGGGAACUGGACAAAAUGGCACGACACUCCUAAGCAGCUUUGGGAGUUCGCCGCAAUUAGCCGCAUUGAAAGAGAAACAUGGCGCCUUUCCCACGAAGUUGAUUGCGAUGAUCGAAAAAUUUCCUGCAGAGUUCAAGCUGGAUAUCCAGACAAGAAAACUCACCAGUUCAUGGGCCAAUGCAUGGAAUCAGAGAAGAAUUAUUUCCGAUAGCAGGUGAUAAAUGCCGCUGGGGGAUGAACCAGGGAUACCGCAGCCUUCCUCGGCUGCGAGGUGGUGGGAAGAAACCCUGCAUGUUCAACAUCCUUGAUGAAAUGGUUGUCCACAACUCAUAAGUAUCGCCUUGAGGGUGUCCUUGUACGUCUGUGUCAAUUGCAUGUAGUACCACUUUCUUUGUACAUCGCCAGGCUUUUACUCAGCUGACUGUGAUUCUGGAUGAAUUGGCCCAAGGACUAACAGCUUGUCGCAGUGAUAGAAGAGCAGGCCUCGAGCGUUGCAGGGACCACUGGAAAAACCCCCGGUCCGGUGACAGUGCUGUGCCUUUCAGUCGCAGCUAAGCCCGAUUCUACAGCAAAGCUCUGGAGACCCAAGCCGGCCCCGGCUAUCGAAGGAGACGUCUUUGAUCCAACAUCCCCGUACCCCUCGGUACAAGCCCUCGCCCAAAACAAGGCUACAUCAUCAAACACAAAUUCGGACGGCAGCAGCUUCUGGAGAUCCGAAACCGGCACAGAAGCGCUUCGACAGGCUCUGCACGCAUUCAGUGCCAAAGAACAUCCGGCACAGCCGCUGCUCAGCACAUUCGGUUCGUCGCCGGGAUUCGCGGACUUGAAGAAAAAGCACGGAAAACCUGGAGGCGGAUUCAAGCUGCACACGGUAGUCGCGGAUUCGUUUCCCACGGAGUUUGCACUGCUGGACCACGGGCGAGGCCAGCUGGCACUCGUCGAUCUCUCGCUGCACCAUGACGGCGGCGGCACCUGGAGAAAGCUUUCACCGGACGACGAGACUGGCUCUCGACGCCGGACGGACCACGAUGAAGUACGACCUCUUGCGCAACCUCUACCCGAUGCGGACCCGCUGAUUUUGGAACGCUACUUCAAGACCGUGGAAGAGGUGAUGCGGGACGACAUGGGCGUUACCACGUGUGCAUUGGAAGAACUGGAAAGCACCCACCGUGUCCGGGAACUCCAAGAGGCACAUCCGCUAGGCCCGCUGGCGUCUGUUUUGCUUUCCUGUGGGGACAAAACCAGACUCAGCCUCAUUCACAAAUCAAGCAAAGGCUUCAAGAGCAAAAUAAACAGAGCGCUGGCGUCGGGCGCAGUAAACGGUAAUGCAGCUGACGGUGGAAUCGCGAAGACAGAGUAUCUGGUCACUGCACUAUUACAAUGAAAAACGCCCCCACCCCCGAACUUGAAAGCAUUUGCAUUGCAAAUCUUUCGAAAUGAAACACUCGCCCUCCUGCGUGUAUUAGCAUCACAGAUUUCCGAUCGUGAAUAGCAAAAAUUUGUAUUGCAAAAGAUCCCAGCAAAAUCGGUGCUUGUCAUGCAAGCGAUGCGAAACACGACUAGAAUCUGCAUCAGAAAGAUUCAUUCGCACUCCUUUCAUGCAUGACAAAAAGCUUUCAUUUGGAAACUUCGCAUCACAAAUUCUUGCAAUUUCAGGGGUGGGGGGCAUUUUUCACUGUGAUAUGCGCGCAACGCACUACCGAAGCACAUUCAAGAGGAAUACUUUACCGCCAUUGAGGGCGUGAUCUGCGAGCAUAACGGCCGGUGCACAAAUGUGGACUUGGGGUCCAACGAGCGGAUAAAGCAGCUGCGCGCAAAAUAUCCGACCGUGUCCCUCCUCGCACUCCUGCGCAGCUGCCCCGACGCAGAUCGUUUUCGCGUCGUCGGACGACGCGAAAACGAGCCACCGAGCAGCUCCAUCCAGUACAUCGUGAUGUUUGGAGAGGAACAGGAACGAAAAAUGCACACUUACCAGGCACCAGCACCUGGUGCUGUGUCCUCCACUCGCCAGGCAGCGGUUGGAAGCCCAUCUGAGCAGAAGCACCAAGUAGCUGCACACACAUCAUCAUCAUCAUCAGCCAGUACUUCUCACCAAAAGUCUUCAAAAGGUCCUGUUGACGCAGCAUCUCUGCUCCGCGAGUACUGGGACGUUGUGGAAAAGAUCGUUUUGCUCUUUGACGCCGAUAGCCGGGGUAGAAGCGCUAGCGCGUCCUCUUCCUCCUCCGCCUCAACCGCGAGUGCUAAAACCGAGCCCGUCAGCAACCUGAAAAUUUGCAACCACAAGCGCUUCCGCGCUUUGGAGCGGAAAUUGUUCCACAAGAAGAACGGUGGUGCGGAACUACCCCUACAGCACGAUGAAGGAGAUAACUCCCAUGCCCUGGAGCUCCUCACCGGGUGUGGAAGCCUCUACGAUGUUUUGCGCCGUUGUCCGGACCGGCGCUUCGACCUCGGGGAACCAGUGGCGUUCGGCAGAAGCGGCCGCGAUUUAGUGUUUGAUGUUAGCGUGGUGCUGAACCAAACGUGUGAAGCUUCGUCGAAAAACGAUUUCCAUUUCUACCCGGAAGAACCUUCUAGUGCAGGAGGGGCAAGCUCCUCUUCGAGCUUUAUUACGUCGACCACAUUCUCUCCGGCCACAUCUGCCUCCGCAGUAAACACUCGUCGAACUAAUAACCCGAUGCAGUUUCGUCCCCUGGUGCCCGGUUUGUUCGGCGGGUUGCAACUUUGUGCAGGGACGGAAUCUUCUGGCCAACAUGGUCCCUGUAGUUCUACAGUCACAGCGACUUCUGGAGGUGGAGGACUGAUUUUUCCACAGGAUAGCAGGAGCAGCUUCACGUUCGCGCGAAAUUUGUGAAGAUGCAGGGCCUUGGACUUGGCCCCCGAAGUCCUCGCAUGCGGCAGGUCAUGAAAAACCAUGGGAAAAAUAUGGAAGUAGGAACAGGUUGGAAGAGCCGCUGGGACAAAGCAGCUGGUGCCGGCGCGCCGUAUCAAGUCUUACAAAAUGGCUGCCGAGCAUUACAGCUUUCCGCGAUGAAGCGCAGGCUACUACAAAAACAAAUGAAGACUUUUAUAUCAACAAACUAGCUCACCCGCAGGCACGACAUCUCGAAUACGAAAACCAUGCGCCACGACCGUUCCCUCUGGGAAAAACAAAGGGAACAGCAGCUUUUACGCGAAUGCGG